CGUGUCAGUCUGUUUGAAGCUGCUGCAGAAACAUCUUGAAAUUCCAGAACAUACUUUUUCUUAUAAAUCACACUGUGGGUCUAAAGAAGAGCUUGUCCAAAUGAGCAAGACAUCACAACAGAACACAACUGCAGAAACCAAUGGAGUAAGUGUCAUCUAUACCCAAGCGCACACAAGUGGGUUGCAGCAAGUUCCUCAGCUGGUGCCUGUUAGUCCUGGAGGUGGGGGCAAAGCUACACCUCCUAGCAAGCAGGGCAAAAAGAAUUCCGUUAUUGAUAGAAACAGUGAUGAGUACCGCCAGCGCAGGGAGCGUAAUAACAUGGCGGUGAAAAAGAGCCGCUUGAAAAGCAAGCAAAAAGCCCAGGACACCCUCCAGAGGGUAAACCAGCUAAAAGAAGAAAAUGAACGCUUGGAGGCCAAAAUCAAGCUCCUUACAAAGGAGCUGAGUGUACUGAAAGAUUUGUUUCUUGAGCAUGCGCACAACUUCACAGACAGUGUGCAGCCUCUGGGCACAGAAAACUCUGCAACACAUUCAGAUGGAUCUGGACAGUAGAUAAACCAUGUGGACACAUCUUCCCUUUAUGAGUCAGAUAAUAGAACAGAGAAGAAUCUGCUCUCAACUUUGUACCAUCUGUCAUUUUUGACAUCUUUUUAGUAGGCUUAACACUCUGUUUGAUGCAAGGAAAUUGAAAGUUUAUUGUUAAGUAUUUGUUUUAAAUUAAGUGUUAAUGUAUUUUCUUGUCAUUUUUGAUAAAAUGAUAAAAAUGGAGAAACAUCCUCAAAUUACUGUCACUAAAAUUAGGACUGCAUCAUUUAUUAAAUUAUUUAAGUAGUUUCUGGGCAUAACGAUUGGGUGGUACUUUUUCAAAAUAUAAAUUGUUAUAGGGUAAGAAUUUGCAGACAUUCUUCUCAAUCUCCAGUUUAUCUUGCCCAGGAGGAGGUGCCUCUUUUCAAAGUGGUUCCUGCAAGGCAAGUGUGGGUCAAAGAAAGUGUGAACAAUCCUCAGAUAUUCAUAUGCAAAUUUACAUACUUCACCAAACUAUGAAGUGGAUGUAAGCCUUAAAUUAGUUGUUCGGGUUAACAGCUUUUUUUCAGCAGGGUAACAAGUAAAUAUCCAUAUACUGAUAAUCAGCUGAAUAGCUGAUUAAAUAAGCUUUAAAAUUUUCCUUUUCCACUUCUUUUGUAGUACAAGACUUGCUUUGUAAUUUAGGUUGGGAUUUUCAAAUAUUUGCUGUGUACAACUCCUGUAGUUGAGGAGGCUUGCUCAGUAGUGGUGCCUAACAAAUUGUUAAGGGGAAGGCAAGAAGACUGGUUAAGACAUGAGGAUUAUGGUCUUCUCCAGGCCCUACUUUAUCUAUGGUCUGAAAAUGGGCCUGUUCUAGGCAUGAGGAACUUCCACCUUCAUCCUUGUGGCUAAUGGAAUUGGACAAUUGUAGUGACCCUAUCUACCUGUCCACCAUUCUAAACAUCUGCAGUGUCUGCACAGGGAUUUAGCCGGGGCGGGGGGGGGAGGCCAGGAUUUUCCCAACUGCUGCUACUUUUCUAACAGCCUCCAAAUGAGGUGGCUUGAGUGUAGAUGUAAAUUGGGUCCUGCUGGGGUAGCCAUCUGCAUGGGGGUUCAGGACUCACUUUCAUAACUGGAUGGAUUCAUGCAGUGUCAAGCUAGUUACUUUAAACCACUGUUUGUUGAACAUGCUACUGUGGCAGGGUUCCCAUGAAGGCAUAAACGACAAUUGCUGAUUCACAUACCACACAAACGAAAACUAAACAGAUCCUGUGGUUUUGUGUGAUUUGUUUGCUGCUUGUUUUGAGGUCCCUUCUUCAGAAUCAUUUUUAAGGCUUGCAACAGUUUUGGGACAGAUAACAUUAAAAUCUAAUUGUGGCAGGCAGAUUCAGGAUAAAAGCCACGACAGAAGAGCCAUGGUCAUGCCUCUUCCCUCAUCUUGGGUGAGCUCUUAAUUCUGUAACUCUACAUGGCAGAACUGCAUUGCUCUUGAGAUCCAGAUGAGCAGGAAAGUUCUGGGCCACUCGUUUGAGAAGGAAAAAAAAUAUCAAGACCUGGCUAUUUAUUACCCAGGUUCAACUUUAAUUCCACAGUGAACCAAAAAUACAUAAUCAUCUUUCCAACAGGAUCCAUAAAAUUAAAUCUUUUGCUCUGUGGCAUUCCUGUGGGGAAAACAUGGGGCUUUUUGACACUUCAGAUGCUGAUGGUAUAUUUUUUGGAGUAGAAGAAAAUAAACAUAUUUAACAGAGCAGGGAAGUUCAUGUAACCUUAAUUUAUUUUCUUUCACAAUCUCUCCAUUCAUAGUAUGUUUGCAUAUGACUGAUUGGACUAGUGAAAAUGAUUUUUAUACCUCCCCUUUUGAAGUUACUGUGUUUGUACAUGUAUUUAGAAAACUUAGUUGGUGGUAGAAAAUAUUAAUAAAAAGCCUCACAACAAUAUGCUGACUUAUAUUUCUGUAAACUGUAAUACUUUAUAUCUGAAGCCUAAUUAUUUUAGGCUAUCAAGCUGCAGUUCCAAAAACACCGAAUCUUGAGAGAAUAGGGAGGGGGAAUGGAGGCUGUGGUUAGAAGAUCACCCUUGAGAGGUAUAAAAAUAUACCUGAGUACAUUAUGCAAGAAUCACUGCACACUAGAAUUGUUUGAAAAAAAAAAAAAAUCCCCAUCUCAUCCAAUAAACUUCAUGUUUUAUAUAUAAAAUUUCUUAUUAUAUAAACCUGUCAUGCAUUUGUAGACCAAAUGUAACAUUUAAAAAUGUAAAAUACUGAUUUGAAAAAGAUUAUUUCUCAAUCUGAAAAUACUGAUAAGAUAUUUCUCAAUCCAUAUCCAUUUGUGACUUGCUUCCAUAACUUCCUUAAAAGCCAGUAGAACUAAGUUUUCAAAUACUUUUCGGGUUACUUUUUCAAAGUGCCUGUAACAUACUUGUUCUAUUUUACCUGAAGCAUUUGAUUGGGGUGGGGUUAGGUGGGGGUGAGGGAUCUACUUUCUUAUUUCAUGCCGGGAAAAAAGUUCAUCCAAUUUGGGGAUCCCAAUUUAUCUUGUUUGCUCCACUUCUUCAAUUCUGGCUUUCCCUUAACUCUAAAUAUAUUCAUUUAGGUACUCAGUUAUUCAUAUUUAACCAUUCAUACUGCAUUGUUAACAUUGCUUUUAAGAUUUACCCCGGUAAACAUUUAUCUACAUACAUCAUAGAGGCUAAAAAGCUACCUACGUCUCUCUAUCCUUUCCUUUACAACUCUGCUGCAGCACUGUUGCUAAGCACUGUCACAUUUUAUUUGCUUCUUUUAAUUAGUAUUUUAAUACCUUGGCAUUUUUAUUUUCCUAUUCAAAUGUUCUGUAAAUAUUUUUGUAAGUCUGGUACAUAGUUAUGUUGCUUGUGAUUUAUUCCUCUUGUAUAAUUUCCUAGUUCUACAGACCCAUGUACUACUUUCUUAUUUCUCUCUGUGCUUUUUUAAAGGACCACUUUUUAGAAUUUUGUUUGCAGUUUUCUCAUUUAAAAUGUAUACAAAAGGGAAUUCUGUUGAAAAAACAAGGCAGCCAAAUACUGUUUUGAAGUAAAGUAUAUACUAUCCAAGGAUAUAUACAGCUUGCAUACAGUAUUAGGCAAAACAAACAUGAAUUUAAAGUGGAGUUUUAUUUCUCCAUUGCAGAGGACAAUAGGGUGGAACAUGAAACUGAUGUUCCCAUCCCAAACCUGGGGGGGUCCUCAGGGAAAUAGAUGUUGGGAGUUGCAUGCUUGAGAAGCGUCGCUAAGCCACUCUGAUGUGCACGCUGAAGCACUUCUUGGCUGGAAGGGGCUGAGUGGCAAGAAGCUGGUGGCUUCUCUCCUUUUUCCUUCUCCUGGGCUAAAUGCAGGAAGGAGAGAACUCUGGCUGUGGGAAACGGGGGGUCAAAGGAGGCCUGAGGGUACCUUCUUUCCACCCCUCGCCCUUCAGGGGGACUGGGACACAGUCAAAUCUUUCAAAACCUCAACACUGAAAAGAGAAUCUCAGAAAAAGAAACGGAAGACCAAAGUGAUCUUCAAAGCAACACUUUUAUUCAUUUAUUUCAUCUGCAGAACUUCUGCUCUUUAUAUUGGCUAUUAAGAGGAGAUUCUGUUGUACUGAUUCUUGUAUUUGCUUAACAGCAGCUACCCCCGUCAUUGAGGGCAAAGCUUGUAAAGAGGCAAAUCAAGCUAAAAUCAUAUUUGGCCAUCUGUGCCAUCACCUUUUUUCAUAUCUUUUGCCCUAGGAAAAAAGUACUUUGAUUUUAAAGAUUUCUUUCCUUU